UUGACUUUCAGUCUUAUCACUGUCUGAUCCAUCAGACCUUAAAGCACAGAGCAGUGACACAACUUGUGAGGAGUCAGACUGGACAGACCAUUCAUAAAACCACAUCAACAACACAGCAGCACCUCAAGCUGGACUCACAUCAGCCCACUUCUCCAGCUUUGAAUCACUGGCCACAUUUUUUCUUGCGGUUUUUUUACUUAUGUCCCGCAAAUCCAGCGAUGACUAUAAUCUGCGUAGUAUGAGCAAUCUGAUGGGUGAGAGGAGGAAGCGAGCGUCGGAUGAUGGUGAGCGAAGUCUAAUCAAGGCUCCGUCCAGCGCCAGCCUCAGCAGUGCUGGUCCCUCAGCAGCGUCUCCCGCGCCCGAGGACCUUGAACGCGCGGCGCGCAAACAGUUCCAACAAGAUGUCACGCCGGGUUUCGUCUACGUCCUGGCCGUGUUCUCCGCUAUCGGCGGCUUUCUGUUCGGCUAUGACACCGGGGUAGUGUCCGGAGCGAUGCUUUUGCUCAAGAGGGACAUGAAUAUAACUGCCCUUUGGCAGGAGCUGCUGGUGUCCGGGACUGUUGCCGCGGCGGCGGUAUCCGCGCUGCUCGGCGGGUAUCUCAACGGACUGUUCGGGAGGCGGGUGUGCAUCCUCACGGCCAGCUUCACUUUCGCCAUUGGGGGGAUAGUGUUGGGAUCUGCUCCAAAUAAGGAGGCACUGUUGGUUGGACGGCUCAUAGUUGGACUUGGGCUGGGUAUUGCAUCCAUGACUGUUCCUGUGUACAUUGCUGAAACCUCACCGCCCCACCUGAGAGGACGCCUGGUAACCAUCAACACUCUGUUCAUCACAGCGGGCCAACUCAUAGCAAGCCUUAUUGACGGGGCCUUCAGCUACAUGCAGCAUGAAGGCUGGAGAUAUAUGCUGAGUCUGUCAGUGGUCCCUGCAUUCCUGCAGUUCCUAGGGUUCCUUUUCCUACCUGAGAGCCCUCGCUGGCUGAUACAGAAAGGUCUUACCCAGAAGGCCAGGCGCAUACUCAGCCAAAUACGUGGCAACCAGAACAUUGAUGAGGAGUAUGAUACUAUCAAAAGCAGCAUUGAAGAGGAGGAAAAGGAGUGUGGAGGAGAGGGCCCGGUGAUCUGGCGCAUGUUGACCUACCCUCCGGCACGCCGGGCUCUCAUUGUGGGUUGUGCACUCCAGAUGUUCCAGCAGCUUUCUGGCAUCAACACGGUCAUGUACUACAGCGCCACCAUUCUGCAGAUGUCGGGGGUACAAGAUGACAAGUUGGCCAUUUGGCUAGUGACUGUAACAGCGUUCACAAAUUUCCUUUUUACUCUGCUGGGCGUUUGGUUGGUUGAAAGGGUGGGCAGGCGCAGACUUACUUUGGGAAGCAUAUCUGGUACUGUUUUAAGUCUUGGUAUCCUGUCUGUUGGAUUCCUCCUGUCAGCCCAGCAUUCUCCUCCUGUUACACUACAUCUGACAGACCCCACGACACCCAACUCCAGCUGCACAACACAUCUGUCAUGCGAGCCCUGUAUGUUGGACCCUAGUUGUGGGUACUGUUAUCAGGAAAACAGCACUGCUGUGUUUGACUCCUCCUGUGUGCCUGUCAAUCCGGCCUCCACUGAGAGAGCAGCAUGGGGCAAGUGCUUCAACUCCACACAUCUGCCAGAUAGUGGUAUAUGGGCUUAUAAUUUUUGCCCAACAUCUUAUUCAUGGGUGGUGCUCCUGGGACUAGUGCUCUAUCUCGCAUGUUUUGCCCCAGGAAUGGGACCGAUGCCAUGGACAGUUAAUUCUGAAAUCUACCCUCUUUGGGCCAGAAGCACAGGCAAUGCUUGUUCGGCUGGGGUGAACUGGACCUUCAAUGUCCUGGUGUCUCUAACGUUCCUCCACAUGGCCCAGUACCUGACUUACUAUGGUGUAUUUUUCCUGUAUUCCAGUUUGGCUCUAACUGGUUUAUUUUUCAUUUAUGGUUGUCUGCCUGAGACUAAGGGAAGGCGGCUAGAAGAGAUUGAGUCUUUGUUUGAAAACCGGCUCUGCUCAUGCGGGAUCUCGGAUUCUGAUGAGGAUCGGCAGGUGGAAUACAUCCGGGUUAAAGGGUCGAACUACCACCUGUCGGACAAUGACGCAUCAGAUAUCGAAUAACUUGUAUGAAACCACUGGUUUGGUAAACGGGGAUAAUAAGGUAUGGACUGAGCCUCAUUCAACCCUGAUGCCAGGUCCGCCCACUGUAACAGUCAGGUUGAGUCUCUCUUCACCGCGACGGCAAGAACAGGGUUGUAGGGCUAAAAAAAAAAGUGCAGUGCCAGAUCAGCCUUUAUAAUAUUGUCAGUAUGUUUUUGAGUCACAGUACAUGCAGAUCUACUGGCUCAUUCCUUCACUGUCAGAUGAGUAUCCUCUGCUUAUUUAUGUAAAAUUAGAAAUUAGCUGUAAAUUCAGUAAUACAUAUGCAGAAGGAUAUAAUUUUGAGUGUGAACUCCACGCAAAUUUUAUAUUUGAAAAUAACACUUAUACACACAAAGAAAAAUAUAAGCUACAUUAGCAGUUAAAAGUUUUGAAGUUACUCAUCAUUUAAAGCUGCGGUAGGUAACUUUUGACACUCUAGCAGUUAAUAAACAGAACUGCUUGUGUCUUGCGGAAGAACAUCGUAGCCGGAACUACUUCUCUCUGUUUAUGAAGAAUCACAAAGGUACUGGGUUACUCCGCCGCAGUACCCCCGAAGCAAUCUAAAAUAGUCCAAAUAUAAACGCUUAUUAUAGGUGUACCCUAGUGAUUCAGGACAAGCCAAAAACACGGUUUGGAAAAUGGAUUCAUGGUGUACUCGCUUAUUAUAUACAUUUUUCUACAUUUUGAACACAAACAAAGUUACGGACCGCAGCUCUGAUUGGUUGUUUUCUUACCGGGAGAGGAUGAAUUUCUGCAAAUGGCAAUAGGACCACUGGGAGGAGUCAGAGGAGCUUGAUUUUUUUCACAGAUUAUCUGUCUCAUAUUCUACUGUCAGGACAUAAUGACAGGUUUAACAAAUAUGUAAAAAAUAUAUUUUUACAAAAGUUACCUACUGCAGCUUUAAUAGUAUUUUUCACAGUAAAUUAAUCUGCACUUUCUCGGCAUUCAAGUGUGUCUAAAUUUUUCAUUAGUAGUCUACAAAUAUUCCAAACCAAUUGCUUUAUUGGGAUAGUUCACCCAAAAAAUGAAAAUUUUAUGUAUAUAUGCUUAACUCCAGGGCAUCCAAGAUGUAGGCGACUUUGUUUCUUCAGUAGAACUUCUUCUAGAACUUUCUUCAGCAACGACCCAAAGUAGCUCUUCUGAUUGGCUGAAAUUCUCUAAUCUCUAAACAGUCUCGCCCACUACCUCUACAGAUGCACAAAUCACUUUUGAACCAAAUAUCUCGGUGGAAAAGGGUAGAGCGUGAAACUUGUCACUUGAAAGCGAAAAACUGAGUUUGAGUUUGAAAGCAGCAGAUUCAAGCAGCUGUAGUAAUGUACUUUGUGUUUGUGUUAGAAAAACAUACAAGACAUUUCUGAGAAAAUAUUCUACAUGUGUGCAGCUCUAAUUGGAUGAAUUCACGUACUGAUUUGCGGAUGUGCAACAUACAAAAAUGUGAGCGUACAAGUUUCUUAAUUUGUUAUUUGUAGAAUAGAAUUUGUGCACCUGCAAUGAAGAAUUUGAGAAGGUGUAACUGUUGUGUUGUGUUUAUGGGAGAGAAAAAAAAAAGUCUACAGGUUUGCAACUCUUAAAACAUUUCUCUCUGUGACUUCAAAUUUACUGAUACACUUGUGUGGCUUUUCUCUACAACUACAAUUCGCACUGCCACAGGUGUUCAGUCGUUUUGACUCAAAAUUACCUUCAUACAGAAGCCUCACACACCUGCGCGUUCACAAGAGUUCUAAGAGUUCUGACAUUGCGUGAAUCAGAAGUAAAAAAAAUAAAUAAAGAAAACUAUAUAAAUACUGUUCAGUUUCUUGCAUAGACUGAUCAUUUUGUGUCUUUACACAUCAAUGUAUCGUCACGAACAGCAGGGUUUAAUUUGGAUUUAUCUGUGCAUGUUUUUUUUUAUUCUCAUAGAUUCUGUUUCCAUUUGCCAUGCAUUGUAUGACUGAAAGACUGCAGCGACUGAAGCUAAAAAUGAUCAUUUGUGUUCUACUGAAGAAACAAAGUCACCUACAUCUUGGAUGCCCUGUUGGUAAGCAGAUAAACAUCAAAUUUCACAUCUUUGGGUAAACUAUCCCUUUAAGUGAUAUCUCCCUAAAUAUCA